GGACUCGCGCUCGCCCUGUUCUGGGAACAGGACACGCAGCAGACACCACCGGGACGACGCCACUCCUUGCUUCAGGAGGACUCCCGGACUGCAGACGUGGUCAACCGGGGAAGGGCUCCUUUCGGAAGGUUCCUGUUUCAUUGGGUUCGGAAGGAGAAUGCAAAGCCGCUACAGUCCAGUCGACUAGGAAACUUGGCGCAGUGGCCACUCUAGGUCGACGCGGUGGGAUUCUCGACGAGGCUCGCGAAGGAUCGCCCUCGGGCCAGCUAGAUCCCGCUUUGCUGCUUCGAAUUGUGUCCAGAUAGAAGAUUGUCGUGGCAGUCUUGGGUCGGAUUCGUCGUCAGUUUGGGAAUUAGAACCACAUUUUGAAACCGAUCCGACGACUCUAUGAACCCGACGCGCUGCCGACGGGCUUGUUGGUGUGCUCGAUUGCAUAAUUUUGGAAUUGUUUUGUAGUUUCUGCUUCUCCUCGUCUUCCGUAAAAUCUAGUAGGACGUUAUUUCUCAUCGACGCGAGUACCGCAUUCCCACGGCACCCGACAAUUCUUCUCUGUCAUUCCUGGAAUGCAGGUCGGCUGAUGAUUUAUGAGUAUGUUGAGUCUCUGUGUGAGAAGAAAAUGAGGCUGAUGUAGAGAGAUGGACAGUCGCAAGUCUAAACGAGGACGGCAGGAGUACUCUUCGUGAGGAUCAGGACGCGACCUUUAGAGAAAUUAUACUUCCAUGGCUGUGGCGGUGAAGAGUUUGGGUCUUCCCUGGAUUCAUACAGGUGUUUCGUGUGGGAAUUGCAACGUCACUCCAAUUUCGGGUUAUCGUUUCAGAUGUGACAGCUGCCCCAACCAUGAUUUGUGCGAGAAAUGCUUCCGCCUGGGGCACACUCAAAGGGGGCAUAAUUUCCUGCGAAUCGCAAGGGACAGUAACAAUUUUCAUCCUCCUUUUCAAGUCUACUACAUCGUGUGUGACGAAUGUGGAACAGCUCCGAUCGAAGGAAGGCGCUACCACCAUAAAUGGCGACCGAACCGCAAUCUAUGCGUCGACUGCUAUACUAAACAGCCGCAGGCCGCCAGAGAAUACGAAAUUAUCGAAGAGGUCAAAAUUCCAACAAUAUGCACGACGCACAGUCCGGUUUUCCACUUCCACAAACGAUGUGGGUCGUGUGGCGUCAAACCCAUAACAGGGCCUCGUUUCGACUCAAUAGCAUAUCCGGACUACUCUCUCUGUCUGGUCUGUUUUGAUACGAAAUUUAUCAAGGGUACCAUCAAGAACGAGGAGUUCGUGAGAGUUGAGCGGCCCGAGAUAAACAAAGUGCGUCAAAUUUUUGUCUAUUCGUGUAUGAGUUGCGGGGAAGUCCCAAUUUGUGGGCCUGCGUAUGUCAACCAAAGAGUUCCGGAGAAGGUCUUCUGUCUACUCUGUUACAUGAACGUCCCUCGUCAAGUACAGUUCGAGUACAGUAGAGUGGAAUGUCCGACUCAACUUGGGGAUCCUCCUGCUCCGGAAAUAUCCCAACAUGGUGCGCUGGUCCCGGCUGGGUCAGUCAGGUCUGACGAGUAUGCCAAGCUUGCCCGGGAGUUUGAGUUGUAUAGAAAGGAGAAAGAAGAGAAGGAGGAGCAAGCAAAGGUGAUGGCUAAAAACUUUAUGCAGCUCAGCGACAAAUACACGAAGCAACAGACCAUGGGAAGAUCCGGUGAUGGUGAGCUGGAGAGAUUAAGACGAGAAAAAGCUGAAGCUGUUUUGGAAUGUGCAAAACUUAGCGAUGACAUUGAGAGAUUGAAAAAAGAGAAGGAAGAUGAUGCAGAGUAUGCCACUCGGAUCUACGUCAGCCGAAUAGAAGCCCUCGAAAAGGAGUUGAUCCAAAGCCAAGAAGCACUGAGAACGGGCGAGGCAUCGUAUGCAUCUAUUCAGGAGCAGUUUGAGAAGGUGAUGUUAGAGAAAGAUGAAGCUUUGGAGUUUGCUAGUCUUGCACGAGAACUGGAGACCACGGAAGUAGACAAGCAAAUGCAUGCGGACAUGGCCCUAGAGUUUGACAAACUAAAGGAGGCACAUUUGGAGCUGACUAGACAGUUUGAGCUUUUGAAGUUGAAAAGUGACGAGGAUUCGAGACUAAGUGCAGAGAAGUUCGAUAAUGUAGUCAAAGAGCACUCAACUCUCGCAACACAGUCCGAAAAUGAGAAGCAGGAGCUCUUGAUCUUCAUCAAUGGUCUUGAGGAUACAAAGUCAGUGUUGGAAGAGGCAGCCAGAAAUAGUGCCGAAAAACAGGAACAGCUUGUGAGAGAUCAGUUGAGGCUCACUGAAGAUUACAAUGUAUUAAUGGAAGAGAAGGAAACUCUAGAGAAACAACGGGACGAGUUGGCAGUAUUCAACGCAAAUCUGGAGGAGGAGGUUGAAAAGUUGAAGACGGAGAAGUCGGAGGCCGUGGAGAACGCAAUCCUUGCCAGAGGUCUGGUCGCAACGGAAGCGGAGAAAGAAGAAACUCUCAGAGCAGAAGUCUCGAACCUGUCUAGUGAACUUGAGAAGCUGAAGCAGAUGCACGUCACUUUGACCUCAGAGUAUGAAAAUCUAAUGAAGGAGAAGGAAGAUGCAGCGAUUGCCUUCGCUGAAAAGUAUGAAAGCCUAGCGAAGGAACUCUUAACUCUCAACGAAGAAUUUGAUGAGUGGAAGGAAGAGAAGGCAUUAGCUGAGAGGGAAUGGGAGGAGAAACACAGUGAGUUGACAAAGGAGACAAUGACGUUGAAGGAAAAGGGAGAAACAGGAAGUGUUUUUGCAGCUAAGUACGAAGAACUCGAAAGAGCUCACACACGGUACGUGGAACUUCAUGAUUAUGAAGUAAAAGAGCUAGUGGAUAAUGUGAAGCGGCUUGAAGAAGAGAGGGAAGCCAUGGAAGGAAACGCAAGUUUAGCUGCGGAAAGAGAGGCAGAUAUUCUCAUGGAGAACAAGAAUUUGAAGGAGGAAGCGGCAAAGUGGACUGAACUCAUUGGAGAUUUUCAUGCGUUGGUGAAGGACAAGGAAGCUAAGUUAUUGGAAGUGGACCAACUCCUGAAGGAUAAGGAAGCGAAACUGGUAGAGUUGGAGCAAUUGCUCGAGGAGAAGGAAGCUGCAUCCGAGGCGAGGGCACGCGACUACUCCACUCUCAACGAUGAUUACGAAGCUCUGGAAAAGGAGAAUGGAGACUUGAUCGAGAAGUAUGAAACGCUGAAGGAGGAGUAUGAAACGCUGAAGGAAGAGUAUGAGCUUUUUAGGACUGAGAAGGAACAGGAGCUGAAGGAAAAAGAGUUAGUCAUGAGUCGAGGACUGGAUGAUCAUUCGAGUCUUGCUCAGCAGCUGAAUCUUUUGAAGAAGGAUUUAGUAACAGCCGAAGAAACAACGAAGCUUAGCAGGGCAGAGUUUUUGGAGCUUUCGGAAGAAUUUGAAAAACUGCAGGAAGAUGCGGCACAGAGAGAGCAUGAUCUGAUGCAUGAUUUUGAAAUGAUGAAGAAUGAGAAAGAAGAAGAGAUAGCUGAUCUCAUGGACCGCAUCCAGAGCCUAGAGGUGCUUCUGAAGGAGAAGGAAGCAGCCUUAAAGACGGGCGCUGCACCUCAGGCAGCGCUUCUGAAGGAAAUAGAGAGUUUGAAGGAAGAGUUAAGGGUCAUGGAGGAAGACAAACAGAUGGAAGCCGAAAAUGCUUCUGGGUUUAUCCAUGGGCUACAAAAGCAGGUAGAAAAGCUGGAGAGCUCGUUAAAAGAGAAGGAAUCUGUAGGUUCGAUUGCCGCCGUCAGUUCUAUAAAGAAGAUGGAGGGUCAAGGAGUAAAUAUGGAUCAGUAUAAUAGGAUCUUGACAGAAAAUGAAACACUGAGAGAGGAAAUUGAAAGCGUCAAGGAGGACUUUGAUGAGAUAUAUCCCAAGUUUCAGAAGCUCUUUCAGUCAAAGGUAACCAAGGAAGAAUUUGAGCGCUUGAAAGUGGAGUACGACCGUUUAAAGGCCAAUAUUCCUGCCAGCAUUUUAUCUGUCAACACACCAGGAGUGGGGAAGUGUGCUUUGCUGGCAAUCUGUUGCUAUGGGGCCAUAAAUGAGAGGAAAAAAGAAUCUCUUGAAGAAGGAUAUGAAAGAUCUCGACGUAACUGUAACGACCAAGACCUUCUUCGUCAGUCCGAGGAGUUCAUGAACGAGGCCGCCAAAGAGCUUGACAAACAGUUCGACAAUUAUAUGGAAGAAGCACUUUCAAUCACUGAUAAGGAGGCCGAAGAAUUCUUUUUGACAUUACAGCCCAUGUUCGAUACCGGACACUCUACACCGAUAAGCAAGUCUUUCAGCACGAAGGUUGUCCGAGCUGGACAAGCAGCAGCUAGAAAGUAGAUGAGGCGAGCUGAUACAGUGGAAUGCAUGGAGUCAUUAUGGAGUUUGUUACAGAUUUGUAAGGGAAGCUUUCAGCCCUACCUCUAGAUUUGUCAGUGUACUCAGAGUUCCUGGCACUGUAAUUUAUCCGUCAAUUGUGGUUGACAUAUCCAAAGUCAAAUUGGGAGAAAACGCCUGACCAUUGCAGUCGGCCAUUUCACUUGAGUAUUCUUUUUAGUCUCCAUCAUGAUAAAUAGUCAGGAAGCAUGGUGGAGGAUAAGGUACUGUAUAGAGGAUGAGUUCAUCGUGGACACUUAGAAGCAUAAUUUUGAGAACUGAUUUCCAGUUUUGAGUUUUGAGUCUUCCUCCCGUUGUUUAACCCCCCAUUUGUUAGAGUUAUCUAGUAACCGACACUCUGUACAUAACAUCGCUGCUGUAAGGAUUAUUGCUCUUGGGAUUGAAGUCUCAUCAUUUAUAGAGCUCUUCGUCACGUGCCAAUAUUCAAGGCCAGUAGGGUAGUGAGGUUCAAGAAUAUAGAAGACAUGAAAAGAAGAGGUCGUGAGUUUAGAGUAAAUUCGUUGCUCGAGGUUUAUGGAAGCCUUCACGUUCCAGUGAAACAUAUUGUCUAAGAUGUUGAAGACCUUAGACAGUAAUUCCUGUGCCUAAAUAAAGUUCACAAUUGCCCGCGUUCAC